AUGGUCUGGGUAUCCAACCGAUCUGCUCAAACUAUCAUCGUCGCUAUCACCAACAAGACUGGUGGUAAUGCCAGUAACUUCGAGAUUAUCCCCGAACCUCUACUCGUCGAGACACAUGGAAAGAACCACUGGUCCCGCAGCGGAGCUGAGACUGCUACCGUCACCUUUGAGAAAAGCGGCGUCAAGUUUGAGACCGCUAUCAGUGCGCUGGAUGUUCUCGUCGUCUACAACGAUACAUACAUCGUGCAGCCAUCUACCAAGCAAAAAUCCAUUUCUUGA